AUGUUAAAUUCAGAUGAAGCGAUUUAUCAUUUCUAUGAUGUGCCUUCCAAGCCCUUUCUGCUGAGUGCCCCUCCAUUCUGCUCCGCGUGCUGUGGUGGGCCCUGCCGGCGCUCCGCCUCCCCCGCUGCCUUUCCAAGAGAGGAGAGCAUGCUGCCGCUGCUGUCGCGGGACUCCAGCUCCAGAACUCGGAGGGGCAUUCUAAGGAGGGCUGUGUUUUCGGAGGACCAGAGAAAGGCUCUGGAAAAGAUGUUUCAGAAGCAGAAGUACAUCAGCAAAACAGACCGAAAGAAACUUGCCGUCACCUUGGGACUGAAGGAGUCGCAGGUGAAAAUUUGGUUUCAGAACAGAAGGAUGAAGUGGCGGAAUUCCAAAGAAAAGGAAGUGCUGUCCAACAGGUGUGUCCCCGAAGUGAGCCUUCCAGAGGACCCGCGACAGUCGCGCUCGGCGCUGAGCUUCCCCUCCGCGUGGGAGGCCUCGCAGCGGCGUCCGAGCCCGCGGUGGAGGGAGAGCUCCCCGGAUCGCGCGGAAAGACUGACCCGGGAGGGUGCCCAGGCGCUGCCCGGUGCCGAGUGUCUGUGCCCCGAGGGCGCAGUCGGGGACGGCGGUGUGCUCGCCGCGGCCCUCUGA